AUGCAAAAGGUCUUUAUUAUAUAUCUCGCGCUGUUAACACUAAGCCUGGCGACAGCUCCAUUUCAGGUGCAAUGUCCUAGCUCUCCACUUAUUAGAGAAGCAAAAAAUGAACUCUGUUCCGAGGAAAGCUUAUAUUUAAGGACGAAAGAGAUUAAAACGAAAAAUAAACUAAUGGACUUUUUAGAAUCUUUGACUGAAGCGAAGUUUAAUUCGAAGUUCUACAAACGUGUGCGGAAAGAUCCUCCAAAACUUGGAAUCGCCAUAUCAGGUGGUGGUUAUAGAUCCAUGUUGAUAGGGACAGGAUUUAUCACCCAAAUGAAUGAUUAUGGAUUGUUUGAGUACUCGGACUAUAUCGCUGGCUUGUCAGGCGGAAGUUGGAUCUUGAUGGAUUUAGUGGUCCAAAAUUUUGAAGUAGGCUCUUUAUUGAAAGAAUGGGACCUUGACGAAGAUCUUCUCCCAGGCAUACCAGAAUUCGAUAUUUCCGAAGAAGAUAUUGUUACCAAUGCAAAAAAGGAGUAUAGUGAGAACGAUAUAAGGAUCAAGAAACGUGAAGUGAAAAAAACGCAAAUUACAAGUUUUUCUGAGUUUUAUGAUCAGGUAGAGUUGGUUGCGAACACCAUUGGAGAAAGGUCAGAAGAAUGUAGGUUAACAAAGAGAAAUUUGAAUCCGCUAACAAGGCUUAAAAGAAUAUUUUUUCCGAAUAACACAUUUACUGAAACUGAUGCAAAGAUUGAAACCUUCAAAACGGUACUAGAUUUUUAUAAGAAUUUGCAUUUGAAGACUAAGCCUAAAAAAAUGGAAGGUUUCCAAAUAUCGUUCACGGAUUAUUGGGGCAAAGCAAUUGUUCAAAGGUUGAAAAAAAGCUUUGAGGUCCACAACCAUAACUUCUCCUUCUCAAAACUUGUGCAAUCGUCCAAAAAAUUUAAAGAGUGCAGUGUUCCCAUUCCCAUAUUUAUUGCAAAUUGUAAAAACGGUCUUCUUUCGAAUGUCAUUUUUGAAUUCACGCCUUUUGAAUUUGGCUCAUGGGAGGAUAUCCUUAGACUUUUCGUUAAAUUGCCCUAUCUAGGUUCGAAGAUAGUUUUAGGAAAAGCUGUGAAGUGUGUUAAUAAUUUUGAUGACCUGGGUUUUAUAACUGCAACUUCUUCUUCAAUAUUCAAUAAUGUGCUAAUUUUCAUAUGGAAUCUGGCCUCUCAGUCUUCAAGAGACGCCAUGAAGGCACUCAAUAUGGUCAUGGGGAUUUUUGGGCUAGGUAAAGAGGAAAUAUUCAGCAUCUCGAAAGACUCUUCGAGAUUAGAGACGGAUUAUGCCGUGUACCAGCCUAAUCCUUUCUAUCUUUAUCCGGGAAAAGAUAAUGUUUUAACCAGCAAAAAUCAUCUGUACCUUGUAGAUGGUGGUGAAGACGGUGAAAAUAUUCCCCUCAGGACGUUGGUUAUUCCUGAGAGGAAAUUAGACGUGAUUUUUGUCCUUGAUUCCAGCUCAGAUAUUGACAACUAUCCAAAUGGUUCUAAGUUGAAAAGAAUAUUCGAAAAGUUAGAUGAGGAGAACAUCCAUUACCAAUUUCCCAACAAUGUAAAGACCUUCUCUCAUCCCAUUGUUAUAGGCUGUAACGCAAUAAAAAGGCCCGGGCAUGAUUCCUUUUUGCCUAUUAUAAUUUACCAUGCAAAUUCUUACCAUGGACACGUAUCUAAUACCUCUACAUUCAAAAUAACCUAUAAUCAGUCUGAAGUUGAGAGUAUGCUACUCACUGGGAGAGAAGUGUUUAGCAAUGACUACGAUAUUCAUUAUAAAAAUUGUCUAGGCUGUAUACUGACUAAAAGAACAAUGGACAGGCUUCCCAAAAAAAAGAAAUUUUCUCCAUUUUGCUUACAGUGCUUCAAGGAUUACUGCUACUCAUGA